AUGAUAUCUUAUCCAUUACGUGAAUAUAUAUCAUCAAAAAAAGAUGAUGAUUAUCAUCAAUCUCUUUCUUCAUUAAAUUAUUCAUCAACUAUAACAAAAAAUUAUUUUCAAAGCAAUUAUUGUAUUCGAUUUAUUUAUUUUACUCUUUUUAUUAUUCUGUUAUUUAUUUUUUCUACAUUUUAUUCAUAUUAUUCUUAUAUUGAUCCAACUUGUUUUAAUAAAGAAUGUACAGAUUUUGUGUGCAAAGCUUAUUCCGAAGGUUUAAUCGGUGGUCAAUUAUGUCCGGAUUUAUGUACAACAAAAAGUGUUCAAUUACAAAAUUGUUUAGGUGAACAUAAACAGUUUGAAUCAAGAUUAUUUGAUGAUAAUGAAGGAAAUCAAGUUAUUCGUUGUUAUUUAAAACAUCCAUUAAGUAAAUCCGAUCCAUCAGGAGAUCUUAAACAACAUUUUCAUUUUCCUGAAGAUGAAUCAACACUUGAAACACUUUAUAUUGCACUUCAACAACAUAUUCAAAAAACAAUAAAAUUAGAUAAUUCCGAUACUUUAAUUGAAUAUUUAAUUGAAUUUGCUGAUUUUAAUAAAGAUAAUAAAAUAAGUUUAUCUGAAGCACGUAGUCUUUGGUCCCUUGUCCAAAUAGAUGAAUUUGUUUAUACAAUAUUAUUAUCAGAUAAAAUUUAUGCACCAAAAAUUCGUGGAACAUGUGGACAUAUAUUUGCUAUUGAAAAAGUUAUUAAUUCAAAUUUACCUUUUGAUGAUAAACAAGAAUUAUAUUCAUCAUCGGAACGACCUAAUUGGUUUCAAAGAGUUCGAUUAGCUAUUGGAAUAAUUGAAUUUUUUAGUGAUACAUGGCAUUAUCAAGAUACUGAUCAACAUUUAUAUUUAUGUCAACCAUUAAUUAAAUCAUUUGGUUAUGAUAAAGAUUAUGAAGCUAAAGUAAUAUUAACAGAUUCUUUUCGUUAG